GAUACAAAGAAUGGAGUCAAAACCCUCAAGAAUUCCUCGCAGGAUAUCUGUUCAGGCUUCCAGCUCUCCUCUAGGAUCUAGAACUGGAAACAGUUUAUCUGGUGCAUAUGGUUCAAGAGAAUCUUCAUGGAGAUUAGAAUCUGGAUACCAGGAAUCCAGCGUAUUGAAUAGUUCAAGCAGAGACUGGAGAAUUGGAGAAAGGGACACUCGUGAAACUCCUUGGAAGCUUACAGCGUCAUCUCCAACUCACUACUCAGGGACACUUGAUCACCCUCAUUCUGGAAGAUUCUUGGGAAGCAGAAGUAGAUUGUCUACAUCUUCCUCUCAUUUCACAUCUGGGUGUUCUGGUGAGUCUGAGAGAACUCAGGGAGCAUAUUCAAGACUGCAUAGCCAGCAGCAAGAUAGUGAUUCAAAGAGACCUAAACUAUCUUGUACAUCUACCUCUUCUGUGAGAAGUAAUGGCUUGACUGCCCUUUCAGAGUCCUCAUGGAGAUGCGGUAGGAUUCCUAGAUCUUCAUCAGUAAUGCUUGGCUCCCUUGGAACGGAUCUGGUGAGAGAGCGAACACAGUUAGAAGGAAGAACAGAUCUGUCUGUUAAUAACCUGGUGGAUCCCAGCUACAGAAACAGUGACUUUUCACCUUCAACAUAUCUUCAAGACAGGCCUGCCUCUUCAUAUGCCGAGGGAGCAAGACCAAAAGAGAACUCAUUAAGCGCUUUGAGGCUGAAUGUACCCAUGAACCGCCAGUUGCCUUCUGAUCAUCAGCCGUCGUUUUUCAACAGAGACUCUAACAUAAGCUCUUCAAGAUCCAGCUAUUCUUCAAGACAAAGGAGAAAUGAAUUGGAAUCUCCGCAGAGGAGUGUGCAGUCAGCAUUUUCUCUUACUGCCAUUAGAGAUGAAGCCCAUUCCUCAAAUGGUCCUGAAAGGGUUUUAUCUUCUCAGAGAUCACUGAAUGACUCUGCAGCUGACAGUGAAGGGAGGCGCACAACCAGACAGUUGCUGUCUCGUUUAGCAUCUAGUAUGUCAUCUACAUUUUUCUCCCGAAGGUCUAGCCAGGACCCAUUGCAUACAAGAUCGUUAGGCUCUGAAGAGUCAACGGUGGUCCCAAGAGUUCAAGCUACUACUCUGUCAAGUAGUAAUGGAGCUGCAUCUCCUGAAGUUCCAGGACUUCAGUCAUCCGAAGCUUCUCAGGGGUUUAGUUUUCUUGGACGAAGAUGGGGUUUAUCAGGAGUUUCACAGAAUCGCAACUCUGAUUCUGAUGGGGAAAGUUACAGACCAGACACUGAAAACAGGAGCACAGGAUCCUGGUUGUCGUCCUCUUUGAGGAACAGAUGUACACCUCUCUUCUCCAGAAGAAGAAGAGAAGGAAGAGAUGAAUCCACAAGGAUCUCUACCUCUGAUACAACUGCUAGAUCACAAUAUGUCUUUAGAAGGGGAGAGUCAGCCUCCCCACCAGAUUCAGCCCCCAGUGGAAGAAGUUCAGGAAUUCUGCCUGGUUCUCUCUUUCGCUUUGCAGUACCUCCAACAUUAGGAAGCAGUCUGUCUGACAAUCUUAUGAUAACUGUAGAUAUUAUUCCUUCUGGCUGGAAUCAGUCUGAUGGACAAGAAAGUGGCAAGUCUAAAAUGCCACCUUCAAGAGAUCCAGAAAGACUCCAGAAAAUUAAAGAAAGCCUGCUUUUAGAAGAUUCUGAAGAUGAGGAGGGUGACUUAUGCAGAAUCUGUCAGAUGUCCUCUUCAAGUUCUGACAACCUUUUAAUACAGCCAUGCAAAUGCACUGGAAGUCUGCGGUAUGUUCACCAGGAGUGCAUGAAAAAAUGGCUGCAGUCGAAGAUAAAUUCAGGUUCUUCUUUGGAAGCAGUGACAACUUGUGAAUUGUGCAAGGAGAAGUUGCAUCUUAAUCUGGAAGACUUUGACAUUCAUGAACUCUAUAGGGCACAUGCAAAUGAACAAGCAGACUAUGAAUUUAUCAGCUCUGGUCUCUACCUUGUAGUGUUGUUACACUUAUGCGAGCAGCGCUUUUCUGAUAUGUUAGGAACUGCAAAUGAGGCCAGCACACGUGUCAGACUUCUGAAGAUGAUUCUGAAGACUGAUGCUGGUAGAACUUUCAUACUGCGAGAAACAAACAGAAUUGCUGCAGAAAUGCUGAACUGGCAAGAGCAACAUCAACAUGCAUUUGUUUUAUUCCUCUCCUUAGUAAAAUGCACAUUGAAUAUUACUGUAGUUUUUGAAGCAUUGUUGAAUUGAAAAUCAACUGCUGCACAGUGGAGCUCAGUGGACUUGAGACCUACUCAGCAAGUGUGAGGAUUAGAUACAUAGAAAGCAACUUCCCUUUUUAAAUUAUGAGGAUGUUGUGCUUUGUUUUGGAAGACUUCAGAUUCUGGAUAUUUAAGGAAGCUCUAUCUCCCUUUUUGUUUCCUUCUUACUGUAGUCAGACUUCUGGUUUUGUCUUACCGAGUUUUGCUCCUGUACUGGCACUAAGUGGUUAUAGUGGGUUUCAGGGGGAGGGUGGGGAUACCCGUGUACUUAAAUAGGUUUUGUUUGGCUGUUCUUAAAUGCCUCUUUUGCCGCAUCAUAUAACUGAUUGCUUCCAUUGUUAAUGAAUGAAUGGGAGGAUAAGAUAAGCAAGAUGCUGUAGAGAUUGUUUUGGUUUUGGCUUAUUUGAAGAUUAUUAUUUAACUCAAAAAGCAAUAAGAACUUGCAGUGGUCUUUUAAUACUUGGCGAUGGCUUUUUUUAUGUACCGAUUUGGAAAUCUGAGAUUAUAUUUGAUAUCAUGUGGCUGUUCCAUUAUGGAAUAUUGCAGGUGUAAACUCUUACAUUUCAGCAUUCCUAGCAGAUAUGCAACUGGACAAAGACCUAAGGUUGUUUAGUUUAAUCAGACUUUUUUUAGAUCCCACCUUCACUGUUAAAAGCUCUGGUUAUCAAUGUGUUUUCUAGUGUUGUCACUUCUUUAUAAAUAAAGACAAAAGAGGUAUGCAUCUCUGCUGGUACUGUCCAUUUUAUUUAAAUGUGGAUAUCUACCAGAACUUACACUUGAAAACAUAGAAAGCUGUAGUCUGUGGUAUAUCUUUACUAAUGUUGAUAAAUUCUUAACCAGCUAUUUAAGAUUGUUCUGACCAUUUUGGAUUGAAAUGCUUUCUAUAAAUGGUGG